AUGUCCGUGAAUGCUAGCACGUUCGAAUUCACUGUGCUUGGGUGUUCAGGAGGCCCUGUAGCAGGGAAAACCUGCGCUUUUCUCCUGAAGCCUUCGUCAAUAUCAUUCGAGCAAGCUCUUGAAAAUGAAGUGGAUUGCAUUCUGGCACUUGACGCGGGCGCAGGUGUCGAGACAAUUGCCGAAAUGAUUACAGAUUGCCGAAAAAACACGGCUUCGGUUUCAUCUUACUUUAGUCAACUGUACAACAAUACCGAGGAUCUGAACUACUAUAGCGACAACAUCGGAUUGAUGAACCCUCACCCUUUUGAGGCUGUCUCAAAGAUCUCUGCCAAAUCCAGUUUACAACUUGCAAAAGGCAUACUCAAUUGCAUGUCUGCCUAUAUUAUAACGCAUCCCCACCUUGAUCACGUGUUGGGACUCGUGAUAAACUCACCCUGUUUCACGCGACAAACACCAAUUUAUGGAACUCAGCAGACGAUAGACAACUUGAAGAACCAUAUUUUCAACGGCAAAGUUUGGCCAACAUUGUCGUAUUUGUCCUUCAACUAUCUACAGCCUUGCACUGAAAAUUUCAGUGUCACAGAGUCAAUCGCAGUGGAGACUUUCCAUGUGAGCCAUGGAAUAACGUCAUCCACAGAGUUGUAUAAGAGCUCAGCGUUUUUGUUCACAGAAACAAAUGAUAAGGGGAAACUGCUGUUUUUCGGUGACGUCGAGAGUGACUUAUCUUCAAAUACCAAAUACAAUCAACACAUAUGGCUAAAAGUGGCCGAUCACAUACUCACAAAUAAACUCAAAGCGAUUGUGAUAGAAUGCUCGUCCGUGGACAAGAAACCGGGACAGCCUCUCUUUGGCCACAUGACGCCCACCAACCUGAUCAGUGAACUGCUGAAUUUACAAAAUAUUUGUCUCGAGAAGAAAAAAGCCACCAGACACCCCUUAGCCGGCCUCAAUGUGCUUAUAAUACACGUUAAGGAAACUUUCGACCAUCUCGGCGACCCUCGAAAGCAGGUACUUGAGAGCCUGAGAAGAUGGAAUCAGAAACACGAUUUGCGGAUAAAUUUCACUAUUUGUAUGCCCGGGAUUAGCUAUAUCAUAUAA